AGGUUACAGGUUCAAAAAAGCUUUUGCCGAUUUUUUGAAUCAUAUUUUUUAUCAUGUUAUAUAGAUGUAGAAUAAAAAUAAGCAUCACUUAAAAGACCUUCAGAUGAAAUACCUCGACAUGGAUGUGAUAACCAAUUCGGACGCGGUAUUGGGAGAAAAGGACAUUCGACCACAAUACAUAAUCGAACAACUGAAGUAUCACGCGGAACUUGCUGCUGAAGAAACCAAUGACAAAAUCGGAAGAUGCGACAAGAUCGAGGUUCAGAACGAAGUAUUACGCAGCAAAUUAUCUGAAUAUGAGAGCUUGUGCACAAGAUUGGAAGCGGACAGAAGCCGAUUAAUGCAAAGAAUGUCGAAAUGUACAUGCGAAAUGUUGGAAGCAGAAAACAUUCAACUAAAACUAGAUUUAGACGCCGAAGUCGCCGCAAAAAUGGGAGUAGAAGAAGACCUAAAUUCAAAAUUAAAUAUUGCUCAAACGAAUUUAGUAAAUCAAGUCCAAUUACAGAAUCAGAGAAUUUUACAACUAGAAGACGAAAAGCAAGACCUUCAAAUACAGAAUACGGUUUUAAGAAACAUAAGCUUAUGGCAAGUACUGAAGCAACGCAUGUGUGGCGGAAGAAGACGUGAACACUAUCCUCGAACGUGAAUGACCAGCUUACGAACUACCAGUGUUCUGUCGGGACAGACUUCGUGUCUAGGGAGACCAAAUGAUUACAUUUGGUACCCACUUGACCCAGAAAAUAUAUCCAUUGAUGAGUGAAACGAAAAGGUUAUCCCUUGAAUAGAUCUGCUUGUUUUAUUCAUUCUUUGGGUUGCCGUUGCCAUGGCUACCCUGCUUGUCGCGAUCUUAGUCGUUAUCCAGUGAAACGCGCAAUAUCAAAUCGCCUAAUAUGUACACUUUUUAUUUGUAUUUAUUGUUUGUCUUUUUUAUUUAUUUAUUAUUGUAUGAUUCUAUGUUGUCGCUGCUCGGUAAUCAGUAUUGAUUUAUUGCGUCUUACCUUUAUUUGAAAUGACAUUUUUAGUUCAUUCCUAUACCUUCUUUACUUUUUUCUGGCUGAGUUAAUUUUUUGAAGACUGAAAUGAUUUAAAUGCUCACGACAAAAAUAAGAUUUUUAGGUUUGAAUGACUUAAUAGCAUCAUUUUUAAUUUGAUUGUUCCAUUGCUUCAAGUGACGAUGCAAUAUUAUUAAAGACCACACGAGUGCAGGACAUGCUUUAAAGUCGCCUCGUAAAUAUGAAAUUGUUUGUGGUUAUUUAUUUCGAUUUUUCCUGUUACAAAAAGAUUUUUCUGCUAAAAAAAGAAAGGGUUUACCAGGGUGUCACAGCAAAAGUAAGGAUGAAUGAAGACCAAAACUCCGCUUGUGUGGAAAUAAAUCUAGUAAUAUGCAGAUCGAGUGGUGUUGAUUAAGAUCUGUUAGAGAAUAAUUUGAAGAAAUAUUCGCUAUCAUGCCAAUAUAAAACAAGAAGCCUCUGGAAGUUUUCAUCAAAAUCGCGAAAGUGGUAAAACGCUAUUUGACAUUUGAAAUUUUUGGAAUUUGCUAUAUAUAUUAAUAAGCAAUUGUUUGCGCAAAUUUUCAUUUAUUCAUCUUGCUACAUUUGACAUCAUCCUUUCUGCGGUAUUAAAAGCAACUGCAACGGGAUGAUUCUGUUACAUGUAUCAUGCACACCAUAGGCCAAUCCCCAUGCU